GGGCGCAAGAAGCUCCCCCUUUAGCUCCAUGCUACUCCAUGCGAUCCAUGCACUCCAUGCCAUGCGAGCCGUGAAACCUUAUAAAUUGCUCUGUGAUAUCAAGUAGUUCUCUUCAAAAUCAGUCGAUUAGCGUUUCUUCACUUUUUUUUUUGAUGAUCAUGCCAUGCUUUUGCACAUGAUUCAAUGGAGAUGAAGAGAGAGCUGUGCAGGGCUGCUGCUGCAUUUGAAAAAUGGUUGUGCGAAGUGAAAAUAAAUAGGCAACUAUCCAAUUCAUUAAAUUACGUGAAGAUUUUUAUCCAAGUCCGUUCUGGAGAAAGAAAAGUAGUAGGUGCAAGCACGACCUGAAUUACCUCAAACAAUUAUUUGUAAUGUGACCACAUACAUAGGUCUUCAUAGCCACCAUUUCCUCCAUUGAUGCCUAUUGACUACUUAUAGCAAACAUCAGUUUCUUCAGCAGAACAUCACCAACAGGAGCAUGUCUGCAACCUCUGGUCGCCAAGAUGGCGGUCCCAUGGCGCAUGCCAGUAGUGGCAUGCAAGGCGAUGCUGGAAUUGCUGGUGCGUACGGUAGAGUACGUGACGGCAGUCUAGAUUGGCUCACUCUGCAUUUGGCGAAUAACAAAACGCCUACACUGGAUAAAACAGGCAAAGGCAAGAGUGACCUGCUCGCUGCAGUGGAGGCGGAUAGGAUAACAUUUGGCGCGGUGAGAGUCGCAUCAGCCAAUGCGAUCCGCGGAUUCGUCGUGGUUGGAGAUAGUGCAUCGGGAAUGUUAUGGCUUCUUUCAACAUUUAAAGUUAAACUGUAGUUGAUGUUGACGUAGUAGUUCUUUAGAUGAAGAAAACCCUUUUGAAACGAAGAUCUUGUUCCUUGUUCUGCUUUCUAAUCCCAGCACGUGCCAAGCAGAUGAUGCACAAAAAUGCGGUGAUGAACCUUUUUGAAGGCAAGCAUGGCGAAAUAAGUGCGGAAGGCUUGCAUGCGUGGAGGGACGAACUGGAUAAAGUUUGGAAGUGAAUGCGAUUGGGGAGGCGUUCUUGUGUAUAAAAACGAGAACUUCUAAGAGAAAGAGUCUUCAAGUGUGCCAAGAACAUGAUGAUGAUUACUUUUACUGUUGUUCUAAUUCUAUCCACCUUGUCUGACGACAAAAUUUUUCGAAGAAAAAAAGACGUCAUGCGACGACAUGAUUGCUAGGAGAGAACAAUCACUUCUGGAGGUUCUGAAAGAAAG